CCAGCCUCCUUUGUCAGUUGCUUUUAGGAGGCCCUGGACAACGCGCAGUUCUGGUUUCCAUCUGUGAACAGAAGCUGCAGCACUUCAAGUGGGAGCAGAGACAAGCAAGGUUUUGAGUUCCCAAUUAGUGCUGACUCCCUGCCCGUCCUCUGCUUGGGAAUGGCCUCAGCUGCUCCAUCUCCUGAUCCAAGUUUGGAUGCCGAGUGGGAGGAAUGGAAGAAGAAAUUUGGAAAAACCUACAGCCCGGAUGAAGAACGACACAGAAGAGCAGUGUGGGAGGACAGUAAGAAGACAAUUGAGGCGCACAAUGCAGACUAUAAGCAGGGCAAGACCAGCUUCUCCAUGGGCCUAAAUCAAUUUAGCGACUUGACUACGGAAGAAUUCAGGAGAAAUUGCUGUGGAAGCUUAAUGUGUAGAGGAAAAACAACUCAUGAUUUGCCCAUACCUGAGGAUUUGGGAAAGAACAGCUCUCUGACACCUGGGAGGGAUCAGGUAUGACAGAGUAACAUCCCCAACCUCAACUGCUCACAGGAAGUCAAGAAGGAACUGAAGUUCUCACUUGCAUUAGCUGCGAAACAAUAUGCAGUUCACUGUUUGACUAAGUGUUCAGCUCUUUGAAAUGUGGGCAGAGUUUUUAUUAUAUUACGGCUGACAACCUUUUCUCCCUGAUUGAUGUACUGUAGUUUGGCAUUAAAUAUGGUGAACAUGAAGGCAAAAUGUUCCAGGGUGGGUGUUGUGUGACAAAGCCACUGUACUGCAGCCGUUCUAAUUAAUGCGAUGUGUGCUUUUAUCCCAGCCAGAGUAAGAGUCGUGGCUUGAUUGUAGCAUCAGAAUAGCCUAAGAGUGAAGCAAGCACUCUGCCAUUACCUUGGGAAUCUUCUGCCUCCCGAUGUGAGAGGAUGAUGUUGGAGAGGUUCAACAGCAGGAGGUAGCCCAUCACAGUUGUCCAGCAUUGGUUGUGUAUAGGGCAACAUUGAAUUCAUGUAGGAUCAACACUGUGGUGUGAACUCCUAGGCACACUCAUACUAAUAAAACAUUGCCAAUAUUUUUUCAGUUCACGCCCUGAAGUUCUUAAAGUGAUUCUCACGAGGAUCUUUAAUUUUUACUUUAAUGAAAUGAAUAUAUAGCAUGGGGUCUUAAUAUUAAAGCUAAAUUUUAAAUUAA